GCUCGGUGUUUCCGGCAGUUGCAUCAUUUCCGCUGUUUCUGCUCACCGGUGAGGGUCCGCAUUGCUCAGAAUGGUGGAGGUGGUGCCAGAGUCUAUCCACUUCCCCUCGGAGGAGGAGCGAAUCCUGCAGCUAUGGCUGGACAAGGACUGUUUCCAGGAGUGUCUAAAACAGAGCAAGAACCGACCCAGGUCUCACUUUACUCUUAUUUAUGGAAGAAAUAACGCUUUUUCAACCCUUAACCCUAAAAAGGCUUUUAGACAAGCUUACAUGUUUUCUCAUAAAGAACAUGUUGUUGUUCUUCAGGAAUAUGAGAUCGAUAAAGCGCUGAAUAUCAGAGGACCGGAGGAUGUGGCUAAGAUGGGCAUAGCGGAGUACAACAAGCAGUGCAGGAGCAUCGUCAUGAGAUACGCUAACGAGUGGGAGACGUCGGUGAGACGAAUGGGCCGCUGGAUUGACUUCAGGAACGACUAUAAGACGCUGUACCCGUGGUUCAUGGAGACCGUGUGGUGGGUGUUUAAGCAGCUGUAUGAGAAGGGUCUGGUCUACAGAGGGGUGAAGGUCAUGCCGUUCUCCACCGCCUGCAACACGCCGCUCUCCAACUUCGAGGCCCAUCAGAACUACAAGGACGUGCAGGACCCGUCUGUGAUCGUGACCUUCCCUCUGCUGGAGGACGAGACGGUGAGCUUCCUCGCCUGGACCACCACGCCGUGGACCCUGCCCAGCAACCUGGCCCUCUGCGUCAGCCCCGACUUCAUCUACGUCAAGGUCAAAGAUAACAGCUCGCAGCAGAUGUACAUCAUGAUGGAGGCCAGACUCGUCGCUCUCUUCAAAUCUGACUCGGAGUACACCAUCCUGGACAAAUUUCCUGGCAAGACCCUGAAGGGCAAAAAAUACAAGCCUCUGUUUGAGUACUUCAUCAAGUGUAAGGAGAGCGGUGCGUUCUCGGUGGUGGUGGAUAACUAUGUGCGUGAUGAUGACGGGACAGGAGUGGUCCAUCAGGCCCCAUACUUUGGAGCUGAUGAUUACCGCGUCUGUAUGGACUAUAAGAUCAUUCAGAGAGACUCUGCUCCCAUCUGCCCUGUGGACUCAUCCGGCAUCUUCACUGCAGAGGUCACUCACUUCGCCGGGCAGUACGUGAAGGAUGCAGACAAAAACAUAAUCAAGUGGCUGAAGGAGAACGGGCGUCUGGUGAGCUCCAGCUCGUUCAAGCACAGCUACCCGUUCUGCUGGAGGUCGGACACGCCGCUGAUCUAUAAAGCAGUGCCCAGCUGGUUUGUGAGGGUGGAGCACAUGGUGGAUAAGCUUCUGGACAACAACAGCAAAUGCUACUGGGUUCCUGAGUUUGUGAAGGAGAAGCGCUUUGGCAACUGGCUGCGGGACGCUCGAGACUGGGCGGUCUCUCGAAACCGUUACUGGGGGACGCCCAUCCCACUGUGGGUCAGCGACGACUAUGAAGAGGUCAGUUAUGGAUCAUCAGCAUUUUGCAGCCUUUUUUGUAUUUCAUAUCUCGAUGUAUUUGCUUUAGAAUCUAUUGACGGCCUGACCAUCCCGUCCCGCUGUGGGAAGGGGCAGCUCAAGAGGGUCUUGGAGGUGUUCGACUGCUGGUUCGAGAGCGGCAGUAUGCCCUACGCUCAGGUGCACUACCCGUUUGAGAACAGGCGUGAGUUUGAGGACGCCUUCCCGGCCGAUUUCAUCGCUGAGGGCAUCGACCAGACCAGAGGAUGGUUUUACACGCUGCUGGUGCUCUCGACCGCUCUGUUUGGGAAACCGCCGUUCAAGAACGUGAUUGUGAACGGCCUGGUUCUGGCGAGCGACGGACAGAAAAUGAGCAAGCGUAAGAAGAAUUACCCUGACCCCAGCCUGAUUGUGCAGAACUACGGCGCCGACGCGCUCCGACUGUAUCUGAUCAACUCCCCCGUGGUCCGUGCUGAGAACCUGCGCUUCAAAGAAGAGGGGGUUCGAGACGUGCUCAAAGACGUCCUCCUGCCCUGGUACAACGCCUACCGCUUCCUGGUGCAGAACAUCCAGAGACUGCAGAAGGAAGAGGCCGUCGAGUUCCUGUACAACGAGAGCACAGUCAGCGUGAGCGACAACAUCAUGGAUAAAUGGAUCCAGUCUUUCACUCAGUCACUCAUUCAGUUCUUCAGAGAUGAGAUGGGAGCCUACAGACUCUAUACGGUGGUUCCCAAACUUGUCAAGUUCGUGGAUAUGCUCACCAACUGGUAUGUGCGGACGAACCGCAGGCGGCUGAAGGGUGAGAGUGGUACUGAAGACUGCAUGCGAGCCCUGGAGACCCUCUUCAGCGUGCUCUUCUCCAUGUGCAGACUGAUGGCUCCCUUCACGCCAUUCAUAACGGAGCUGAUGUACCAGAACCUGCGUCAUCUGAUCGACCCGGCGUCAGUGGAGGAGAAGGACACGGCAAGCAUUCACUACCUCAUGCUGCCGCAUGUCAGGGAGUCUCUGAUUGACAAGCGCAUCGAGAGCGCUGUAUCUCAGAUGCAGUCGGUCAUUGAGCUGGGCCGUGUGAUCCGAGACCGGAAGACCCUGCCUGUCAAGUAUCCGCUGAAGGAGGUGGUGGUGAUCCAUCAGGACCCAGAGGCGCUCCGAGAUAUCCAGUCCCUGCAGAAGUACAUCCUGGAGGAGCUGAAUGUCCGCGAGCUCACUCUGUCCACCGACAAGGACAAAUACGGCAUUCGUCUGCGAGCUGAGCCGGAUCACAUGGUGCUGGGCAAACGGCUGAAAGGGGCAUUUAAAUCUGUGACUGCAUCCAUCAAAGAGCUGAAGAGUGACGAGCUGGAGAUCUUCCAGAGGACAGGGUCCAUCGUUGUGGACGGUCACGAGCUGCACGAGGACGAUCUGCGUCUGAUGUAUAGCUUCGAUCAGACCUCGGGAACACCGUCCCAGUACGAGGCGCAUUCAGACGCUCAGGUGCUGGUUCUUCUGGACGUCACCCCCGAUCAGUCCAUGCAGGACGAAGGUGUGGCCCGCGAGGUCAUCAACCGCAUCCAGAAGCUGCGCAAGAAGGGUCAUCUGGUCCCGUCGGAUGAGAUCACGGUGUAUUACAGCAGUCAGCCGGCGGGGGAAUACCUGGAUAAAGUCAUCCAAGCACACACAGACUUCAUCUUGGCCACGACUAAAGCUCCUCUCAAGCCCUAUCCAGUGGCCCAGAAUGCCAGUGUGAUCGUCCAGGAGAAAACGCAGCUGAAAGGCUCGGAUCUGGAGUUAACUAUCGUGCGAGGGUCCUCCGUCUCCAGAGCGCUUCUGACCACCGCGGCCUGCGCUUACGUCAACCUCAGAGUCACGCUCAAGGACAGACAGCAAGAGGGUGUCGCUCUGCUGGAGAACCCCAAAGGUGAUGACACCCUGGACGUGGAGCGGCUCAAGACCGUCUGCUGUAGUGUUUUUGGACUCAACGGCGCACCUGUGACCAUAUUCAAUGGGAAGACAGUGCUGAACGCUGAGACUGACCUGAUGUCCCUGAGCGGGAGAACACUGACGGUGACCUUGGGUUCGAGUCCUGCAGACGCGAGCAGCUCCGACUCUCUGCUGUGUCCGUAUGUGAACCUGCAGCUCAUGAACGCCAGUCCGGCCGAGUGUAAGACUGGAGACGUGGCCACGCUGCUCUUAAUGAACCCAGCGGGGAAGAACGCCUUGCUCUUCCCUGAUCUGCUGAGUGAAGCGGCUAAAGUCUUCGGCCUGAGAGGAAGGAAGCUGGCGCUCUGCCUGAAUGAAGAGCUUACAGAAGAGCUGGAGGCAUCCUCUCUGCACACUCUGAACACCAAGACCCUCUUCGUCAAAGUUCUUCCUACAACAGCAGAAGCCUAAGCAGAUCCUCAGCAGCAGCUCUUCCUCCUCGCGUCUGUUUGAGAAGAUGGGUUUGGUGUUUGUAAUGGAAAACUCUGGGAAUCUCUUCAUGUGUGUUGAUUGAUUAAUUAGACAGGAGUAAGUGAAGAUUAUAACUGGAGCUGUACUCUGUGGGGAAGCUUUUAAUAAACCUCGAGUUGCAAAUAAAA